AUGAAAGAAAAUAAACUAAAGUUUCCCCUUUUUGUUAAAGUUGCCACCUUCAUCCUUUUAGCGCGUACAAAUCGGAUUUGCAACGAUUCGGCCCAGUUUGAAACAUCAUUGGUUAAGUAUGGGACUGGGAAUGACGAAUCUCGUUUCAGAACCCAACGAAUUUUAGGAGGAAACGAAUGGAGGCGAGAUUCCCUUCUGGCAGAUUUAUUCGAUGAUGAUGAAUUAUACAAUUAUAAUUCUGAUUACAAGUCAAGCCGUCGUGUAAAAGAUAUGCACGAUCACCACCGCCAUAGUCAUCGACAUGAACAUGGACACAGUCAUAGACAUCGCACAUCGCCAAGUAAAAGAAAGAAAAACAAUAAUGAAAAUGAUGAAAUACUUAGCUUAUCCCAAUUUUAUGUAGAUGAUGAUGAUGAAGACGAUCAUGAAACUAGUUCAGCCCAAUAUGAAUCCAGUUAUUAUGAUAGUGUAAUGAAUCUUACGAAUGAAAGAAGAUCUCAUUCGGAACACACAAUAUCAUCAAUGGAUAUCGAAUUAUAUCUAGGAUACGAAGAUGAUUUUAUUUCUGGAGGAACAGAAGGAUCUGGUAGUAUGCUUAAGAAAGCAGAUAGUUAUUGUGAAGGUAAAAUUUUCGAUUCCUUGGGUGCUUUAGACGAAUAUAAAAGAUAUGAUGGGGAACAGAGAAGAAUUAUGAAACAGGCAGCAUAUAAGAAAGGAGCAAAGGUAUUUGCUGUUCCUGGUGCAGUCGCACUAUCUCCACUAAUAAUAGCGUCGUUUUUCACUUUGAGUAAUCCUGUUAUUUGGUGUUUGGCAACUUCCGGCUGUGUAUUGGGGGCUGCUUUGUACACAAGAAGUAAGACGAAAAAUAGUCAUCGGACACGUCACGUACAGUGCAGAACUUACUAA